CUCCGUGAUCCGCCAUUGCCGGGAAGAAGAAGAAGAAAAAAAAAGGUCCAUCGGAGUGAACGGAGUUGUCGCGACUCUCAUUCGACGGCUCUGGUCUCAUCUCCAACAGUUCAACAUGGCGGAAGUCGAGGCUCAACCUGCUCAGGUUGAUAUUUCCAAAACCAGCAACGUGCCAGCGGAAGGAUACGACAAGACAUGUAUUUUCUGCAAGGUUGUCAACAAGGAAGUGGCCACGGAGCUUCUUCACUGUGAUGAAGAGAUCUCAUGUUUCAGGGACAUCAGACCCGGAGCUCCUCACCAUUACCUGGUCGUCCCAACCAGACAUGUCGGGAACUGUAAAUCACUUGGCAAAGAACACGUGCCUUUGGUGAAGCGGAUGGUCGAGACAGGGAAGGAGAUCCUGCAGAAAAACGACGUAACAGAUCUUAGUGAUGUCAGGUUCGGUUUCCAUUGGCCCCCAUUCUGUUCUGUUGCACACUUGCACCUUCAUGUCCUGGCACCUGCCAGUCAAAUGGGCUUCAUAUCCCGCCUCGUCUACAGAAUGAAUUCCUAUUGGUUUAUCACGGCGGACCAGCUGAUUGGAUUUCUCAACUCUAAAGGAGAGACCAACUGAUCACCGGAAUCCAGUCCUAGCGGUACUUUGCUGUGAAGCAGUGACUGAAACGUCGCAUUGAAGGUGUCAUGUUGGAUGGUACACACCCACAUCAGGUUACUGUCUUCUUGGAUCACAGCAAAUUACAUUUGCAUUUCUAUGAUAACAGUGACCACUUAGGUUUUUUGUUUUAUGAAAGCUCUUCAAACUUCAAGCCGCGUAAAAGCUUAAAUGAAGCCAAAUUUUGUUUCUUGAUGCCUGAGACGUCGAGGAGCAUGAGGGUUUUUUUGUAUGUUUUUAAAAAGAAAUGAAUUAAACCUCCUUUAAUCCACCAUUAUAAAAAAUGUAUUCCCUUUUACGGACCAAGCGACAUACAGUGUGAGUCACAUCUUUUAAUCACCAAAGAAAAUGUUGAAGGCAAUCCCUCUUUCUACUGAAUGGAUAGGAGAGUUGAAUUGAACGAUAGAUUUUACUGAAGUGAUUUGUAACUUUUUCACGAUCAUUGCACAGCUGGAGAGAAAUGAUGAUUCAUAAACUGGUUUCCUGUAAUGCGGGGCUGCCUUAGUGCGACACAGAUGUGGCUUUAUACAUAUAUGAACGGAAACAUAUUUAAAACUGUAAGAAAAAGGAAUUUGCAUGAGACAUAUAUUGAGAUAACAUCAGACAGCCGUUCACACCGAAGGAAUGAGUGACAUCUUCAUUAACAAUUUACAAAGCUCCUUCAGUGGAAGCAGCUGAGUGAUCCUCUGAAUCACUCAGGACACUGGGAGGAAGUGGAGUUCGCUCAGUGAUCUUAACGUGCACUGAAACUCAACGGGGUAUUUGCUGCUCAUUUUAUGUUUGAUUUGAUGUGAUAUCCUAAAACUGAAAUAAACACAUAAUAUGUAACGAUAAAAUACAAAAUGGUGCACCAAGUGAGUAUACUCUACUAUGUUGAUGGAAUGUAAAGCAAUCGUAUUUUAUGUACUGUACAAGUGUAUGCACUUUCAGAAAUGUUGAUUAAGAAUAAAUAAUUUAUUGUUGCUUUUUGGCAUGAA